CUAAUAAGUUACGACUUGCGAUGCAAAAUUGAAAUAGAAAAUAGAAAUCUUGUUUUAAUUUUAUAAGUAGUUGUGCUCAUAAUUUUUAAUUUAUUAAUAACUUUUAACAGCCAGUGUUUGUAGUAGAAUCACAAAUAACUUAAAAUAUUUUUGAAGAAGGCUAAUUGAUUUAUAAUGGCUGGAAUCAAAGGACUAGUGUCUUUAGCAUUUGCUGGAUCAAUUGGAAUGACAUUUGUCAUAUUAGCAUGUGCCUUACCACAAUACAAAUUAUGGUGGCCAUUCUUUGUUGUGUUGUUUUACAUCCUAUCCCCAAUACCAACUAUGAUAGCCCGCCGUAGUGGUGACAGUGCAGGAGGCAACAACUCACCUUGCAUGGAAGCUGCAGUUUUUAUCACAAUGGGAAUUCUAGUCAGCUCCUUUGCUCUACCCAUUGUAUUGGCUCGAGCAGGAGUGAUUGUUAUGGGAGCAUGCUACCUUACUCUAGCUGGCAACAUAAUAGUAUAUCUCACUAUUCUCGGUUUCUUCACAAUCUUUGAUAUGGAUGAUUCAGAUUAUGCAAUGUGGUGAGAAAUCUAGAAACCAACAUAUAUGUUGCAAAUAGACAUUGAACUUGGCGGAUUUUUGUAAGCUAAUAAUUAUAUGUUGUGUUAAUAUAUUAAUUUAAGUCUGAAUUAUGAUACUGAUGUUAGUAUGUAGCCUUAUAUUUUUCUUCGGUAUUAGUAUUUUUAAAAAUUGUUGUAUCCACAUAAUUUAUGUAUAAAAAAGUUAAAAUUUGAGAUUCACGUCACUUAAUUAGAAUAAGAAACGAAUACCUGUGUAUUUUUUUACAAGCUUAGACUAACAUUAUUCAUAUUAUUACAAAUAGUAUGGAACAAAAAAAAUUUAAUAUUUAUGGCUUAUAUAGCAUUAAAAUCUUUGAAUAAAAUAAUUAACAAUCUAAUGUAAACUGAGAGCAUGUACUAAGAGUGAAGCCUGCUUCUAUUUAAAUAAUUACUUAUUUUACUCACACUAUAUUCCUUAACUAUUACAAAUAUUACAAUCUAUAUUACAAAAGAUAAUUAAAACAGGUUCUAUAAUAGUAUGAUGAUUACAUGAAACAAAUCUGGCAAUACAUUGUCUUUUGCUUUGGUUAUCUAUCAAAAUGUAGAGUUUUACAUAAAUUUUUAUAUAUUUGUGACUAACAACUUUCGUCAUUUAUGGUAUCAGGAAAUAUUAUAUAACACACUAAAAGAAUAUCAAUAAAAAUGUGACAAAUAAUCACAACAGCAGCUAACCAAUUGUGCAAUUAUCAAAAAUGAAUGUGUAAUUGUUUAUUUUUAAAUUUCAAUCUUGUGAUAUUGAUAAUUUCAGAUACCUAAAUAGAAGCGGUGGUAAUAUUCUACAAGACUCGACUUAUUAUCCAACAACUGAAUAUAAUAAUCAUAGGUUGACUAUAAAAUGUUAAGGUGAUAGAAUUCCUGUCUAAUCUACCCAGUAUUAUUGGGAUUUAAAAACUAAUAAUGUAAUUAUUAUUAGCUAUUUUCUAAUAAUGAUGAAGGCUAUGAAGCUCACUUGCUAGAGUAACUGAUCAAUUUAGUGAUGUAAAAUAAUGAAUGUUGAAUUUUAUGUGGAAAAUAAUUUUGCUUGUAAAAUUAUUACAUUCCCAUCUGGAUACCUUGUAAAUAAUUAUGGUAAUUAAAACUGGGUCACAAUAAACAUUGUACUGAAUGCUUGUGA